UUUAAUAGGGGUUAAAGAUGUUGCCGGAUCACAAAUCAAAGUUUUUCUUUAGUCAUCAGGACCAACUCUAGAAUUUUAAUGAGAGUUGGACAUUUCAGCGUCUACGUCAGUAAGUUUAAUUCUCUGCGAAGACGGGGACGAGCAGGACAGCAGCAACCGGUCCACUGAAAGCAAAGCUCACCUUCUCUAAGAAAAAAAAAAGAACAUAUGGAACAAACUACAGCAGACCAGCCCUGUGUCCUGGACGUCUGCAGCCUCGACGUGUUUGUGUGAAUUGGCGCGCGCUUUAGCGUAUGUGUCCGCGUGCGCGUUGCUGAGCCAGGCGCGAACAUCCCCGGUUCCCUCCGCUGCUCCUCUCUCCGUCUCUCUGAAGAUCUGUCUGUGACUUUUUGCUUCAGCCGCCGAGGGGAUUCUUCGCGUGUCUGGACACUACGCUGCGGAGCUGCCCCUCUCACUGCCGUAAAUCUGCUCGGCAACUUGUUUGUCUGGCCGCCCAUGGGCGCUGCUGCUCUCACCCACUUCGCUGCUCCACCGGCUGGGGGCUGUCCGGUGCGCCUCUGCGGUCGCUCGCUCGGUGGGUUCGGGACGGUGCCGAGCUCCGCUUUUAUGAAUGACUAAAGAGACGGGGGCUGGGAGGGGGGAAAUGCGAGUAAGCGCUAAACCCCCGUGCAGCAGCCCGGGCUCCCGGGGGGCCAGCCACCGAUGAGAGAGAGGGAUUAUCGGCGGCUCAUUGCGGAAAAGCGAGCCUGACUGCAGACUGGCGUGGAAACGCACCGUGACCAUAUAGCGUAGAGCAUCGGAACACAGCCGCGGUGUCCACAAUGUGUAGGAAAGGCCUUGGUGAGCUUCAUCUCUGUCAUUUUCAGUGACAUAACAGGUCCAUCCACAUCGUUGCUUUGGGCAGCGAGUGUCCCGGAGGAGUCGGGCCCGGGGAGGAGCUCAUGGGCCAGGGCCAGCUGCAGGGAGGCUUGCUGUGGAGCUACCUGGGUCACGGAGCGCUGGUGGGACCCUGCGACCUGGAGGGCAGCCUGCACAACCCGGCCUUCAUGGAGUACACCUCACGCGUGUUUGGAGAUGUCACGGUGGUGGUUCGUGAUUGCCCCAGUUGGGACUUGUUGGACAGCGACUGGGCCAGUGUGCGGAAAGUUCUCGAGCAGGCUGACAUCCUCGUCAUUAAAUACGCCGUCACGGACAAGCUCGCCUUCCAGCAGGUCAGGAAUGGCUACGCCCCGAGGCUCCGCCCUCUCCUGAGGCACUGGGGUGUGCCGGUCAUCCUUGUUGCUGUUGGAGCGCGGCUGAAUGAUGAAGGACCUCCGUGUACGUGUCCGCUGUGUGCGUCUGACUGGAGCAGCUGUGUGCCUCACAGUGAAGGUCUGCAGCUCUCCCGGGACCUGGGCGCCACUUAUUUGGAGCUGCCCUCUCUCAACCACGUCUUCGUCGGCCGCUACUUUGGCAGCGUGCUGGAGUACUUCAUGAUUCAGUGCCUGAAACACAAAGCCAAAGAGAGGCCAGACAAGAGACGAGGGAACAAAGUGAACGAGCUGCGUCCUCCUCACUUAGAGCAACCAGCUCGUCUUCCUCCUAUCCGAGUGGAGGAGUCCAGCUUCUCCCAGGACAUGCAGUGGCUGUUGGAGCGCGGCAUGCAGUUUGCCGACGUGGCCUUCUACUCCGGGGAUUCUGGGAAAGAACUGGGGUGGGCCCACGCGGCCGUGCUGUGCGCCGUCAGCCCGUACUUCCGACAGCUGCUUCUGGGGCCCAAAGCCAGGGAACGUCCACAGUCACGGUGUGUCUGCAGGGAGCGAGACGGAGGCCCCCAUUCGCUGCUCUCCACCUGGGACGGCAGCAUUAUUGACGACUUGCCCCGGUCGGAUGGGCACAUGACGGGACGACUCACUCGGCUGGUGGUGAAGGACCCCCUGCUGUGCAUGUGCCUGUGGGAGACGCUCAUGUUUAUUUACAGAGGAGCGUGGGAGUGGGAGCAUCUCCAGGAGGCCCUGGAGGAGAAGCUGAAGAAUUCGCUAGCCGUGGCUCAACUUAUGGAGCGCAUACGAUCUCUUCUCAGCAGAGACAGGAGCUCCAGGGACACGCCGAGUGCACGGGCAGCUCAACUCGGACCCCAGACCCUCGUCAACCUCUUUAAUUCCCCUCUUUAUUCGGACGUCAUUUUCAUGGUUCAAGGAAGCGUGUUGCCCGCCCAUCGGGCGGUGCUGGUGGCCCGCUGUGACGUGAUGGCGGCCAUGUUCAGUGGAAAGUACGCCGAGGCCCGGAGCAGAGUGGUUCCCAUCCACGGCGUCUCCUCGGACACCUUUCUGUCUUUUCUGGAGUACCUCUACACUGACUCCUGCUGUCCUGCCAGUGUGCUGCAAGCCAUGGCGGUGCUGGUCUGCGCCGAGAUGUACCAGGUGAAACGGCUCCAGCAUCUGUGCGAGGUGUGCGUGUGUGCUUACCUACAGAGCAUGCCCAGCAGAGAGCUGUCGUCGACGGGGAUCAGCGUGGUUCGACUUCUGCGUAGAGCGAAGUGCCACAACGCAGAGCAGCUGUACAUCUGGCUCCUCCACUUCAUCGCCAACAACUACCUGAUCUUUAGUCAUAAGCCUGACUUCCUGGAGCUGUCAGGUCAGUGGGAAAGCUAAUAUUUUCAUCCCGGCGUGUCGUCGUGUGAAAUGCAUGACGCAUGAUCUUUGAUUCAUUUCCUUCUUGAUUUUUAAUACAGCAGAAUACAUCCACGCUGCCACCACGUUGAGAGGGAUUUUUGCUGAAAUUCUCAAAAAUCUGUGUGACACACUUCCUGUUUUAAGUGUUUAAGCUCACUGAGAUAUUAGCAGAACGACAAUGUUCUGUUUCACUUUAGAUAAUUGAUCAAUUAAUGUAAUUUAGAAAAGAGUCAAUAAAGUUAAUAAAUCACCCAAAGCCAAGUAGCCUAAAGAUUUGCUCUCAUGCGUUGUGGUUGCCUGUAGCAAAAUUAAAAUUAAAAGGUCAUUUGAAAGGUCAUUUACAUUUCAAUACAAACACAGUUAACCUCUGAAAUGAGCCUGUCAGCCCUUAAUAACAAUAUUGCAAAUUGUUUUAUAGUGAACAUUUGUUUAGAAAAAUUUUAAUAAUUAGGAUUCAAAUUAUGUAAGAUAUCACAAAACCAUUUAUAGACCCACCAAUUAAUGAUACCUGAAUUGAACAGUUCUUUGGUAUAUUUUCAGAGAUGAAUAUAGGAAAAUUUUGAUGCAUUUUAAUAAAACCUUUCUUUUAGUUAAAGGGCAUCUAUCUACAUAAUCAAAUCUAUUAAUACCAAAAUUAAAAUAUGACUCAUUUUCAGAAUUAUUUGUUAAUGUGAGUCAUUUCUGGUAUGAAGCUAAUGCAGCCUCUGCUCUUCUAGGAUGCCUUAUCAGAAGUACAAAAGUGUGUUUGCAUCUUCAUUUAGUAUAAAUUUAAAUUAGCUGAACUCGGACGACGAGGCUAAGGAGUCUCAAAUCGAACUUCUACAGUCUUAAAACUCCAAUCUUACAAAUAAUGUAGCUGCUCAUGCAAAUUACACUUUACAGAAAAGAUAUUUAUCUUUCCCCCCCACUGUAAAUAAAGGCGGAAGGUGGAGAGACAUUAUUAACCUUCCUGUGUGAAACAGGAACAUGAAAAACUUUUCCUGCCAGCUGAUUUGCAUCAGUCGACGUUCAAGAGGACUUCUUUGUUGUGUUUCACUCACCUCAGUAUAACACGUUCGUGUUUUGGACCCCUGUACUGUCAUUUAACUGGGUUCCUACAUAGUAUUGAAAAGUAUGGGAAAUUAGCUUUUUAUCAUUUUGCAACUUUGCAUAAAGAUGUAAAAGAAAAAAGAAGAUGGAGGAUGGAAAAACGUUUCAGUUUCAAGAGAGUUUUGUGUUCAUUUAUCAGUACAUUAACAAAUAUGGGAAAACUUGAGACAUUUUAAAUUAUAUCCAAUUAAUAUUUUUGGAUCCAAGUGCCAUCCUUUCACACGUCAACCUUGGUUUCUUUUUGAGAUUUAUUGUUUUGGUAAUUAAAUUUUUGAAGGGGCCAUUUUGCAGUUUUUAAGGCCUCUAACGUCCUACGAUUACGGUUUUAAUCUCUGACUCUGGUUUUGAUGCCAAACAGCAUGGAAACAAAAUAAACAUACAAAAUAAUACCUUUAUUAUUAAAGAAUUGGUAUUUAAUAUAGGAUAAUAAUUUGGAGAUUUGACAACUCUUAACUGUAAUACAGCUUGAGAUCAGGAUAAGGCGACUUGGUUUGGAUGCCAAUAAGAUAACAUAGAAAACAAAACUGAAUCCAUUUGAUUAAUAAUUUGGAAAAUAUACAGAUAAUAAAACCAACUAGAUACUGUUUUCAUUCUCAAAAAAUCUUGAAGAAACAUUAAGAAAAACAAAUGACAUUUUAUGAAUAACUGGGAAAUGUGUAGGAACC